AUGGCCGACCUCGAAACAACAUCAGCAACGAAAGGCGACACGAAUAUUCUAGAAUACAAAGAAAAGACCGCAACCCUCCUCUCCGAAAUCUUCAUCUCCGAUCCCGUCAUCCGCUUCAUGCUCUCUGGCCUAGAUGACACAACUCGCCUAUCCUACAUGCACGAAUACUUCUCCGCCUUGACCAAAGCCGCCAUGCUCAACAACGCCACAUUCCAAGAAGCUUCCUCCUGGACCUGCGUCGCUAUCUGGCUACCACCCGGCAAAAAAGUCGACAACCCCCUCACAAUCCUCCAAGCAGGCAUCCUCCAAGCAGUCCUCAAGCUCGGCUUCAACGGCAUCAAGAAAAUGCUCUGGGACUACCAGGGUCAAGCUGAGGCAUUGAAGAAGAAGGAAUUGGAGAAGGAGAGGUUUUGGUAUUUGUUCUUUAUCGCUACGGUGGUGGAGGCGAGGGGGAAGGGGUUGGCGACGGGGGUUGUGGAGGGGUGGAAGGGGAGGGCGAGGGCGGAUGGGGUGCCGGUUUGGUUGGAGGCUACGACGGAGAGGAGUAGGGGAAUUUAUGAGAGGUGUGGGUUUAGGGUGGCGGGGGAGGUGGUGUUGGGGAGGGGGACGCAUAGUAGGGAUGGGGUGGUGGAGAAGGGAGGGCCGGGGGUGAGGGUUUGGGGGAUGGUUUGGAGGCCUGAGGAGGAGGAGGUGAAGGCAGAGGAGUCGAAGGCAGUCUAG